CUGAGUGCGCACGCGCAGUCUCGAGGAGGCGGCUGCCAUUUUGUCCCUUCCUCAGGCGACGGCGGUUGCUGCUUUCCUUGGAAAGAAAAGAAACGGCGUCACCGGAGCUCAGUUGGCAGAGGGGAGAGGUUGCUGGGCUCGGUGGUGGUGGAGGUUGAGGUUGUAUGACAGACACGUUGCGGUUUCCUUCCCCCUUUCCCUCCGAGGAAAGAACCGGAGCCGGGGUGCCCGGAGGGAGGGGCUCGCUCGUUGCCUUGACCCGCGUCGGCCUGUUGAUUUCACAGACUUUAUCAGGCCUUUCAAGAAGAAACAGGUAAGCUUCUAGAAGCUUAAUACUUCUGUUCUCUCAGGUCAUGGCUUUUUCCAAACUUGUAGCAAAAAAAGGAAGAGGUAUGGUUGGAUCCUAAUCAAAAGAAAAAAUAAAUAAAGGGGAAACGAUGGAUAAACUUAAUGAUUUACUAGUUGUGUGUGAUGUCUGAAAAUCGAAUUGGUUUCAUUUUUGUUUGGAAGUGCUGAAACAUCUUUUCUGGUUACAAUGUUUUCUAUGCUUUUGAUAUCAGAGUAGGGGUUAUUUAAUUUCUGGUGGAUUAUAACUUAAUGUGAAAGCUACUGUAUAGUCAGUCAUAGUCAGAGCGACUAAAAUUGUUGCUUUAAUGAUUGGGAGCACUUGUAGAAUAGUCCAGUGCUGUAUACUGAGAUGUUAAUUGUUAGCAGGUGUAGAGAUGAAAUAGGGCUCUCGUGGUUGCAUAUGAAGGAGUUACUUUUUCAUUUUGAAUACUUUCAAAUAGUAUGGCUUGAAACGACACUGUUCCAGUGUAAUUAAGCUUGUUGUCAUGUGUACGUUUUUGUCCACAGGUCAUUUUUUGCUGUGGGUUGAACUCAGAAUGGCUGUAGUCAUCCGUUUACAGGGGCUUCCUGUUGUUGCGGGUCCUGCAGAUAUUCGCCAUUUGUUCUCAGGAUUGAAUAUUCCUGAUGGAGGUGUAUAUAUCACUGGAGGAGAAAAAGGAGAAGCUUUUGUUAUAUUUGAAACAGAUGAAGAUGCACGGCAAGCAAUGAGUUAUUCGGAGAGGUAUAUAAAAAACUCACGUAUUGGGUGUUUUCUCAGCAGCAAAACAGAAAUGCAGAACGUGAUAGAACUCAAUAGGAAAAGAUUUGAUCACAGUGGAAGAGAAACAAUUGGAUCUAGAUGGAUAGAUUCUAGUAACUCUAGUAGCUUUUCGAAUAUAGUUGCAUCCAUGAGUAAAGGAACUGGCAGAUCUGGUUAUGAUUCUGUGGAUCCGUUUGAGGAUAGGCUUCAUUCAAAUGGCUCUGAAAACAGCAGUACAGAUCUUUCGAAAUUAAGUUAUAAUCAUCCUAGGAGUAAUUUAAAUAAGAUAACACAUAAUCAAUUCAAGACAUCUAAUUCAGAUGAAUUGUACUUAUUCAUACGUAGUAUGCCUUACACUGCAACAGAAGAUGACAUAAUUGCUUUCUUUGAUGGUUUACAAGUGGAUGGUAUGAUCAUGUUAAAAACCAAUGGGGUAAACAAUGGAGAUGGUCUGGUGAAAUUUGCUACACCGACUGAUUGCACGAGAGGGUUGCAGCGUGAUAGACAGUAUAUGCGCCACAGAUGUAUAAGAAUAUAUCGCUCUAAUGAAGGGACAUGGAUUAGGAGAAUGGGGAAAAAAGGAUUACAAAUGCAUCAGGAUUUCAGUGAUGAACAGUUUUCUCAUGAUUUCAAUAAAGAAAGACGCCCAGACUUCCAAUCCUCAAGAAUGCAUACCCGUUCAAAGUCUCCUCCAAGGAGGGUUGUGGCACAUACCCAUUCAAGAUCCCCUCCUAAGAAGAUUGCGGCACGUACCGUUUCGAGGUCUCCCCCAAGAAGUGUUAUGACACACAGCCAUUCAAGGUCUAUAUCAAGGAGGGCUAUGGCACGCACUCAUUCAAGGUCUCCACCAAGGAGGAUUACAGCACGCUCUCGUUCACCUUUAUCUGGUUCAAGCCGGUCUCCACCUCAUAAUGGGGAACAUUAUAUACAUGUCAAAAACUUGCCAUUUCCUAUUGAAAAGAGAGAAUUGAGAGCAUUCUUUGAAGACCUAGAUAUACCUGACAGUCAUAUUACAUUCCUUAAGAUACCUGACAAUAGACCAAACAAAGAUGCAGUUGUGAUGUUCAGAUCAAUGAGAGACUAUUAUUCUGCACUAGGUUAUCACAAGUACCCUCUUCGUGGGCAAGAAAUUUUACUUUUCCCCAUUCCUAAAGAAGCAGUGAUGCAGCUUGCUGGAUUUUCUGAAAAUGAAAAAUCCCCAGAAAGAUAUCACAUUGCAAACGAGAAAGGUGACUGGGAUAGAUAUUCUGAUCCAAAGACAUGUGUGUAUGUAAGAAACUUUCCAUAUGAUGUGACAAAACGUGAAAUCCACACGUUUUUUGCAGGAUUUCAUAUUAACAAUUAUGACAUUCAUUUGCUUUACGAUGACAAAGGAAUUGGACUGGGAGAAACACUGGUCAAGUUCAGAACUGAAGAUGAUGCUCGGAAAGCUGAAAACUUAAAUCGCCGUCGGUUUUUGGGGACAGAGGUGCUUUUGAGAUGUAUAUCUGAGAAGCAAAUGAAAGAGUUUGGUGUUAAUGUUCCACCAGUGUCAGAUGGAAAGAUGCAGGAUCAUAUCCGUUCAGAUGAAAGAGGUCAACAAGGGAACCGAAAGCAUCCAUCUGAUUAUAAACAUCCACCUAGUGAUCUUAUCAGCACAUCUGAUAAUUUUAAAGAUUCUGCUCCAUUUACAGAGUUUGGUGAAGAUGUUCGUGGAAAUUUUCCAGGUGGACGCUUCAUGUCAGAUUCUAAUGUCAGUGGUAGUUCAAAUUGCUUCACUCUGAUUAAAUUAAAGAAUAUACCAUUUCGAGCAACACCAAAUGAAAUUCUGGACUUCUUUCAUGGGUAUAAGAUUAUUCCACAAUCUCUUUCAAUCCAGCACAACCAAUAUGGAUUGCCUUCUGGUGAAGCUGUUAUCGCCCUAGUAAAUUAUAAUGAAGCCAUGGCAGUUGUUAAUGAAUUAAAUGAUAGGCCAAUCGGCCAACGCAAAAUUAGAUUAACCUUGGUAUAGAUAAAAAGAUGGCUUGAAAAUAUUUGCAUUGUUAAUGUUGAGAAAUGACAUUUUCAAGUAGAAGUUUACUAUUUGUAAAUACUUUUGACUGGUUUUAAAAUUUAGGCCACUAUUGUGUGGGAUUUUAUUAGAGACUACUGGAUCACCUUGGUAGUUCAUGAAAACAUGACUUUGAAAGUAUUUUGUUUUUUAUCCCAUAACCGCAUGAAGAUGUCUAAUUUGUCUUUAUUAAUUCAAUAUAGCUGCACUUAGAGCUAGAAAUUAUGUUCUUCUGUGUAUGUUAACAAGAAGACCCACCGUUUUUCUUGAAUUCUUGUCCAUUAUUAUAUUCAGUGGUAUUUUGAGUAUCUUUUUCAUGCUGGUUCAGCAUUUCUUUUAAAAUAAAAAUAUAUCUAUUGAAAA